GGCCGAAGAGCGUCCUCUGCUGUCAGCGUCUCAUAUGGCCACCGGAAAUACAACGUGGUGCGUCCCGGAAAUACGUGGGGCAGAUGGAAACUGCUAGUGGCGCGAAAUCUCUGGUCAUUCGUGGGUGAAGAUGAGCAAACGCAGAUCAGCCGCUCUCACUGAAGCCCAGUGCGUCUCUCUGGCUCAGAAGCUCCUGCGUGAGAGACUGUGUCACCAGAAGCUCCCGGAUCAGCCCGCGGGUCUGGACUCACAGCACAAGCACUUGCUGGAGCUGUUGAGACGUACUGCUGUUCAUGGAGAAAGCAACUCCGUCCUCAUCGUUGGUCCACGAGGAUCUGGCAAAACUAUGCUGCUAGGCUGUGUCCUGAGAGAGCUCAUGAGUCUGAAGGAAGUGCAGAAGAAUGUCCUUCUGGUGGAGCUGAACGGUCUUCUGCAGACAGAUGACAAAAUCGCUCUGAAAGAAAUCACUCGCCAGCUGCACCUGGAGAACGUCGUAGGAGACAGAGUCUUUGGGAGUUUUGCAGAGAAUCUGGCUUUUCUUUUGGAAGCGCUCAAGAGAGGUGACAAGAGCAGCAGUCGCCCUGUGCUGUUCGUGUUGGAUGAGUUUGAUCUGUUCGCUCAUCACAAGAACCAGACGCUGCUCUAUAACCUGCUGGACGUGUCUCAGUCUGCGCAGACGCCUGUCGCUGUGGUGGGACUCACCUGCAGACUGGACGUGCUGGAGCUGCUGGAGAAGCGAGUGAAGUCUCGAUUCUCUCACAGGCAGAUUCAUCUGUUCAGCUCGCUCACGUUCAGUCAGUAUGUGGAUGUGGUUCGCGCUCAGCUAUGUUUGCCUCAAGACUUCCCAGAUCCCAAAUUCUCCAAUGAGUGGAACCACAGCGUCACGAAAUUAUGUGAAGAUAAGUCAGUUGAGGAGGUUUUGAAGAGAAACUUUAACUCCAGUAAAGAUUUCCGCUCUCUGCAUUCGCUGCUGUUUCUGGCUGUAAGUCGAGUGUCAGUCUCUCAUUCGACUCUACGUGAGGCAGAUCUGCUGGAGGCCAGUCGCUUGAUUUCAGCUGAUUCCAAAGCAAACAUUCUUCACGGUCUGUCUAUUCUAGAGCUGUGCUUGAUUAUUGCCAUGAAACAUCUGAAUGACACUUACGAUGGAGAACCCUUCAAUUUCCAGAUGGUUCAUAAUGAGUUUAAGAAGUUCAUUCAGAGGAAGUCUCACUCCAUUCAUAAGUUUGAGAAGCCUGUGCUGAUGAAGGCGUUUGAGCAUCUGCUGCAGCUGGAGCUGGUUCGUCCGGUGGAUGCCGGUGUGUGUAAAGUUCAGCGCGAGUAUCAGCUAAUGAGACUGAUGCUGGAACAUGGUCAGGUGAUGGAGGCGCUGCAGAGGUACCCACAAUGUCCCACAGACGUCAAACAGUGGGCCCUCUCGGCCUUCGGCUGACACUGCCGUCUUUAAUUGCUGAAAUAUGCAUUUUGUAAAAUUGAAUGUAUUUGUAUAGUUUGUAUUUGCAAUAAAAAAAUAAGUUAAUAUAA